AGCGGAGCGGGGCUCUCUGGAGGAGACACUUUUUUUUUUUUCCUCCCUCCUUCCCUCCUCUCCUCCUCCCUUCCCUUCCCCUCUCCUCCCCUCUCUCCUCCUUCCCCCCUCGGUCCGCCGGAGCCUGCUGGGACGAGCGGUUGGUAUUGCCGGCGCUUACUCUCCGGGGCCGCCCGGCGGGUAGCUGGCGGGGGAGGAGGCAGGAACCGCGAUGGCGCCUCAGAAGCACGGCGGUGGGGGAGGGGGCGGCUCGGGGCCCAGCGCGGGGUCCGGGGGAGGCGGCUUCGGGGGUUCGGCGGCGGUGGCGGCGGCGACGGCGUCGGGCGGCAAAUCCGGCGGCGGGGGCUGUGGAGGCGGCGGCAGUUACUCGGCCUCCUCCUCCUCCGCGGCGGCGGCGGCGGCGGCGGCGGCGGCGGGGGCUGCGGUGUUACCGGUGAAGAAGCCGAAAAUGGAGCACGUCCAGGCUGACCACGAGCUUUUCCUCCAGGCCUUUGAGAAACCAACGCAGAUCUAUAGAUUUCUUCGAACUCGAAAUCUUAUAGCGCCCAUAUUUUUACACAGAACUCUUACUUACAUGUCUCAUCGAAACUCCCGAACAAACAUAAAAAGGAAAACAUUUAAAGUUGAUGAUAUGUUAUCAAAAGUAGAGAAAAUGAAAGGAGAGCAAGAAUCUCAUAGCUUGUCAGCUCAUCUGCAGCUUACCUUUACUGGUUUCUUCCACAAAAAUGAUAAGCCAUCACAAAACUCAGAAAAUGAACAAAAUUCUGUUACUCUGGAAGUCCUGCUUGUGAAAGUUUGCCACAAAAAAAGAAAGGAUGUAAGUUGUCCAAUAAGGCAAGUUCCUACAGGUAAAAAGCAGGUGCCUUUGAAUCCUGAUCUCAAUCAAACAAAACCUGGAAAUUUCCCAUCCCUUGCAGUUUCCAGUAAUGAAUUUGAACCUAGUAACAGCCAUAUGGUGAAGUCUUACUCAUUGCUGUUUAGAGUGACUCGUCCGGGAAGAAGAGAAUUUAAUGGAAUGAUUAAUGGAGAAACCAAUGAAAAUAUUGAUGUCAAUGAAGAACUUCCAACUAGAAGAAAACGAAAUCGUGAAGAUGGGGAAAAGACAUUUGUUGCACAAAUGACGGUAUUUGAUAAAAACAGGCGCUUACAGCUUUUAGAUGGGGAGUAUGAAGUAGCCAUGCAGGAAAUGGAAGAAUGUCCAAUAAGCAAGAAAAGAGCAACAUGGGAGACUAUUCUUGAUGGGAAGAGGCUGCCUCCAUUUGAAACAUUUUCUCAGGGACCUACGUUACAGUUCACUCUUCGUUGGACAGGAGAGACCAAUGACAAAUCUACAGCUCCUAUUGCUAAACCUCUUGCCACUAGAAAUUCAGAGAGUCUCCAUCAAGAAAACAAACCUGGUUCAGUUAAACCUACUCAGACUAUUGCUGUUAAAGAAUCGCUGACUACAGAUCUACAAACGAGAAAAGAAAAAGAUACUUCAAAUGAAAACCGACAGAAAUUAAGAAUAUUUUAUCAGUUCCUUUAUAACAACAAUACAAGACAACAAACUGAAGCAAGAGAUGACCUACAUUGCCCUUGGUGCACUCUAAAUUGCCGCAAACUUUAUAGUUUACUCAAGCAUCUUAAACUCUGCCAUAGCAGAUUUAUCUUCAAUUAUGUUUAUCACCCAAAAGGUGCUAGGAUAGAUGUUUCUAUCAACGAGUGUUAUGAUGGCUCCUAUGCAGGAAAUCCUCAGGAUAUUCAUCGCCAACCUGGAUUUGCUUUUAGUCGCAAUGGACCAGUAAAGAGAACGCCUAUCACACACAUUCUUGUGUGCAGGCCAAAACGAACAAAAGCGAGCAUGUCUGAAUUUCUUGAAUCCGAAGAUGGAGAAGUAGAACAGCAACGAACAUACAGUAGUGGCCACAAUCGUCUGUAUUUCCAUAGUGACACUUGUUUACCACUCCGUCCACAAGAAAUGGAAGUAGAUAGUGAAGAUGAAAAAGAUCCUGAAUGGCUAAGAGAAAAAACCAUUACACAAAUUGAGGAAUUUUCUGAUGUUAAUGAAGGAGAGAAAGAAGUGAUGAAACUAUGGAAUCUCCAUGUCAUGAAGCAUGGGUUUAUUGCUGACAAUCAAAUGAAUCACGCCUGUAUGCUGUUUGUAGAAAACUAUGGACAGAAAAUAAUUAAGAAGAAUUUAUGUCGAAACUUCAUGCUUCAUCUAGUCAGCAUGCAUGACUUUAAUCUUAUUAGCAUAAUGUCAAUAGAUAAAGCUGUUACCAAGCUCCGUGAAAUGCAGCAAAAAUUAGAAAAAGGAGAAUCUGCUUCCCCUGCAAAUGAAGAAAUCACUGAAGAACAAAAUGGGACAGCAAAUGGAUUUAGUGAAAUUAACUCAAAAGAGAAAGCUUUGGAAACAGAUGGUGUCUCAGGGGUUUCAAAACAGAGCAAAAAGCAGAAACUCUGAGAAGAAAAGGCCUAACCCUGCGUUAUGGACAAACACUGAAAUUGCAUUCUAGGGAGUUCAGCCUCUAGGAAGUUUUGUUUUUGUUUUUAAUUAUAGAUUCCAAACAGGCACUGUUAAGAUGAAGUAAAUGAUUUCAACAAGGGUUUGUAUCAGGGUUCUACUUUAUGCAGCAUUACAUGUAUAUCAGUUUUAUUGAUGUUAUUAAAACAUUCUCGUUUGAGCAUGAAAAGCAAUACUUCACAGAAAGUAUUUUUAACUUCAACAGUUGUCUUAUGAAAUAAAUUGAUAAUAGAAAUUAUUUCACAUAUUUAAAUUAUAAAGUUUUUUGCAUUUGUGACUGGCUGCUUUUCUACUUUGUGAGACCUU